GCCAGGUGGACUGCAAGGGGCGGAGGUAACGAGAGGCGGCCGGCGGUGGCUGCCCGAGGCUCCUCUCCCCCCGCAGGCAGAGCUCGCGACUGGGUGCAGCGAGAAGGCGCCCUGGGCCGGACCAGCUGCGCUCUGGACUCGGCCGCCGUCUGGAUCUCCGCGAGCAGGUCCCCGCCGCGCUCAGCCCGAGCUCGGCCACCAUGGAGGCGCAGGCACAAGGUCUGUUGGAGACUGAACCCCUGCGAGGAAGAGAUGAAGACGCAGUAGCCAGUGCUGACUUCUCUAGCAUGCUCUCUGACGAGGAGAGAGAAGAGUUAAAGGCAGAAUUAGUUCAGAAGAAUAAAGCUCUGGGGAUAGAGAGGAAAGCUGUGCUGGAUGCAGGCUCCAUUAGAUCUCAGCUGGAAGACGAAAUUACAACAUUACGACAAGUAUUAUCAGCGAAAGAAAGGCAUCUGGUUGAGAUAAAGCAAAAACUCGGCAUGAACCUGAUGAAUGAAUUAAAACAGAACUUCAGCAAAAGCUGGCAUGACAUGCAGACCACCACUGCCUACAAGAAGACACAUGAAACCCUGAGUCACGCAGGGCAGAAGGCAACUGCUGCUUUCAGCAAUGUUGGGACAGCCAUCAGCAAGAAGUUUGGAGACAUGAGGUCCCACUCCAUCGGCUACUCCAUUCGCCAUUCCAUAAGUAUGCCUGCAAUGAGGAAUUCUCCUACUUUCAAAUCAUUUGAGGAGAGGGUUGAGACAACUGUCACAAGUCUUAAGACGAAAGUAGGCGGGACGAACCCUGGCGGAGGCAGCUUUGAAGAGGUGCUCAGCUCCACCGCCCACGCCAGCGCGCAGAGCUCGGCGGGCGCCCCCCGGCGGGCGGAGGAGGAACUGCAGUGCUAGGGCUGCCGGCCCAAGCCCAUCACUCCCCCCCCCCCCCCCCCCCCCCCCCCCCCCCCCGCACCCACACGGAUAUGAAGACCAAAAUCCCACUGCAGAAACCAGGCCUUGACCUUCAAAUGGCCUUUCCACAAAGUUUCAUAAAGUGAUUUCCAUUUGUAUUUGUGUUGAUAAUGGACCAUUCGACCGCACCCUUAAGUAGUCACAGGUGGCUAUCUUUUCAAAUGUCCUGAUCUGAGCAGGUACAAAAUUGGUCAUGGCCCUUCUCUUUGUGUAAUUCAGACAUAUUUUUCAAACAUAGGCUAUUGUUUGCUUUGAUUUUUGCUUGGACGCCAUUACCAUACGCAUGUCUCUGAAGGCUGAGUGAGCACCCCCCUUCAGUUCAGUCUGUUCACUGGGGGGCGCUGCCUCUGUCCCCAUCAAUAGGAUGACGCUGCAAAUUUCAUCAAACUGCUUGUGGUCCGCCUCACCUACAUUAAUUACACGUUUAUUUAAGCAAUUAAAAUAAUGGAUUUUAAUGAUGA